CUCUAAAAUAGACCAAUGGGAGAGCGUAUACACGUGUUUUGGGGGCGGGGCCGAGCAGUGUUGCGUUUCCGCCUUGUUUUCCCUCCGUGCCCGCGCGCGCGCUCCCGGACAGAGGCGGACGGUGCUGGUGUUGGUGUUGGUGCUGGUGCUGCUGGUGCUGCUGGUGGUUCUGGUGGUUCUGGUGGAGGCUUCGGUGCCGCGGGUCAGACUCAGCUUCUGUUUGCAGACAUGGUGAGGAAGAGCGAGCGCUCGGAUCUUCCGGAUCUUCGCCAGGUGCCCAGUAGCUCCUUGGCGUCUGGACCACCAGAUAGUGAUGGUUCCUCAGUAGUGAAAGACAGCAGUCAGGCAGUGGACAUUAAGGAUGCAGGAAUACGAAGGAAGAAGAAACGCAGGACUCGGGCAGUAGGCAGCUCAGUAGGAACAUUCAAAGAUCUGUACCGCCUCACUGACGAGGUUCUGGGUCAGGGCGCGUACGCUACGGUUCAAGGUUGCGUUAGUCUGCACAGUGGGAAGGAGUACGCCGUGAAGAUUAUCCAGAAGAUCCCCGGGCACAGCCGCAGCAGAGUGUUUCGAGAGGUGGAGACGCUGCACCAGUGCCAAGGCAAUGAGAACAUUCUCGAGCUCGUGGAGUUUUUUGAGGACGACGGCUGCUUUUAUUUGGUGUUUGAGAAGCUCUGUGGAGGCUCCAUUUUAACUCACAUCCAGAGGAGGAAGCACUUUGAUGAAAGGGAAGCCAGUCACGUCGUGAGGGACAUUGCUCAAGCUCUGCACUUCUUACACACCAAAGGAAUUGCUCACCGGGAUCUGAAACCUGAAAACAUCCUGUGUGAAUAUUCCGACAAGGUGUCUCCGGUGAAGAUCUGUGAUUUUGAUUUGGGAAGCGGUGUGAAGUUAAACAGCGCCUGUACCCCCAUAACUACACCUGAACUUACUACACCGUGUGGCUCGGCUGAGUACAUGGCCCCCGAGGUGGUGGAGGUAUUUACAGACGAGGCCUCGUUCUACGAUAAGCGGUGUGAUCUUUGGAGCCUCGGCGUGAUCCUGUACAUUCUGCUCAGCGGCAGUCCGCCUUUUACUGGUCACUGUGGAACUAACUGCGGCUGGGAACAAGGGGAAACCUGCCGUGCCUGCCAGAUCAGCCUGUUUGGGCGAAUCCAGGAGGGGAAAUAUGAAUUCGGGGAUCGGGACUGGUCUCACAUCUCAGACGACGCCAAAGACCUGAUCUCUCGGCUGCUGGUGCGAGACGCCACGCUGAGACUGAGUGCAGCUCAGGUCUUACAACACCCGUGGGUUCAGGGGAAUGCUCCUGAACGAGGUCUUUCAACUCCACAUGUCUUACAAAGAAAGUGCAGCACUAAGGACCUGACCCAGUUCGCGGCGGAAGCCAUCGCCUUUAACAGGCAGCUGUCGCAGCAGGAUGAAGAGCAGGACGAUAACAGCACCAUCAUGUGCUCCAUGAGGCUCUCGCCCCCCUCCAACUCCAGGCUGGCGAGACGCAGGGCGCAGGCUUUCGCCCUCCGCAGCACCAGCCAGUACCCGAACACUACUCAGGUUCCAGAGUGACCUCACGCCCAACAAGUUUACACACCCAGCAGUGGACGUCAUCUCACAUCUCACACACCUUCUCAGUAGGAACCUACUGAAACUAUGAAGCUGUAAGAUGUUUCUCAGUGUUUGAUUUGAAUAUUUAUGGUGCUGAGAAACAAGGGGAGCGUUUUAAAUCUUAUAUAUGCAGAGAUUUACUUUAUGCACUUGAUGUUGCUUUAUAUACACUGUAUUGCCGAAAGUAUCGGGUCACCUGGUCAAUUUGCUUUUCUAAUUCCCUCCACUCUUCUGGGAAGAUGUUCUAGAUUUUGGAGUGAGCUUAUGGAUAUCCGUGUUCAUCAGCCACAAGAGUGUUACGAAAGGCAGGUAGUAUAUCUAAAGACGUCCCAAUACUUUUGGGCAAUAUAGUGGAUAUGUGGAUAUAUUUGUAGAUUUUUGUGAUUUUUUUAUUUUUUUUUUGAUUAGUGAUGAUUAUAAGAGCAUUUAAUAUUUUAUGGCUUUUUUUUAAAGAAAUGCUGUUGUGUAAAAUGGACUUAUAUUUAUAAAUAUAUAUUUAUAUGCAUUCUAUGUUUUUACCUCACACCCAGUUUGCACAUUUGAUCAGACCCAGUGUCCAGCAGCGUCUCAGAGCAGACACGUUAUACACCACAACGCUAUUAUGGGAUUCAACACGUAUCGCACGUCUUUAACGUCACCGAUUUCUUUUUGUUUUCUUCUCGUCGUUUUGCACAUUCAGCUUAUUUCCAGUUUUUAUAUUAUAAUGUUUUUUUUCUUUUUAAUGUUCCGCCAUAGGAAGUUAUUUUCAUUAAAUAUUUUAUUAAUUCUCUAAGUGUAACUUCAUUUCGAUCAAUUUUAGAGCAAGUGUCUGAAUUUUUAUCCUGUGUUUUUGAUUUAUAGCGAACUUUUACUGGCUUAGGAUUUUUUACUACAACUUUCCAGACAACGAUUAAACUGGUGAUUAUUUUCCCAGA